CUUUGACACCACCACGACGCUGCCUCUUUUCCAUCCUGUCGCCGAUCGCUAUGAAGGCUGCUUGCUGCCAUCAACAUGCCCGAUAACAAACCAACGCCAGCCAUACCGGCUUGGCAAAGGGCACGGCAAGCCGGCGAGAAGGCAUCGGAAGAGACGUCGGACGAUACGAACCUGGCUCAUCACGCUGCAGCAGCUCCAGCAGAGGAUUCGGCGGCAGCAGACGCGCAAACAGAUUCUACUGAGGAGCAGCCGGCAAGUCCAAUCGCACAGAGCGAGUCAACGAAGCCCUCCCUCCACACGGGCGACUUCGAGAGCUUCCGACAGCAGCAGGGCCAGCCUCAGCAACCUCCUGCCGUUGCAACCACGUCUGUUGCGCCGCGACCCGUAGGCCCUCCUAUCAUCACAUAUCCCGAGUAUUUGGUCGAAGCACACAAGCCGCCACCUCUGAUCACUCUGUCACGAUUAUGGACCACGGCAAAAAUCGCAAGUGGCGCCGCAGCACUCAUCUACGGCGCAAGCAAAUACCUCGUCACCCCGAUGUCCGAUAGCCUCAAUGCGGCCCGGCAUGACUUUGCACUCCACAGUCAAGGCAAGAUGGAUGAAUUCAACGAGCGCUUGGCCAAACUAGUGAGCAAAGUGCCCGAGGAGAAGAAGUCCACGCCCAACAGCGAGCUCGAAGAGACGGACAGCGAGGUCAGCGAUCCUACCGACCUUUACCAUCGGGAUAUGGGCACGCAGACCUCUCCUCCCCCCUCCCGACUCAACUCCAUCUCCCGUACCGCCCCGGGCGUGGACAAGACGAAGACACCGACAGAAUACCAGACGCAAGGUCUGACUAUCAUCAAAGAGCAUCUGAGUGAAAUGCUCGACCGUUUCACCGACCUCGAAGUCCCGGAGGCAGAUCGGCAGGCAAAGGUGAACGAGCUCCGAACCUACCUGGACAUGCUCAUGUAUGCCUCUGCGGGGAUCAGCGCAUGGAGCACGGCGGAGGAAAUGGGCAAGACGGGUGAGGAAGCUGGUGGCAAAGAGGACGGGAUUGAGGAGUUGAAAAAGGAGAUAAGGGGUGUCAAGGGGGUCAUGCUGAGUGCAAAGCGCUUUCCUGGUGUCGCUGGCCGUGUCACCUAGCCAUGAUGCAAUACUUCUACCGGCCGACGCCGCAUCGUAGACCGAGAGAGGUGUCGGUCUCGCAGAGUGUUACCCGCAGAGCGUUGCUACCUGUAUUCUGCAACAUCCAUUCUCGGCAAGGUCCUAUACCAAUGGUUGGCUGGCACAUGCGAAAGCGCUUACUGCCAAUCGCAUCGCCCCCCUGCCAGUCUUGCGAUGCAAGUGCAGCAAUGCAGGGAACCGCGACAGAUGAA